UGUGGGUAAAUCAGAGUCCGAACGCCGAUCACUUCACCAAGGUCCUCCGCUCUGUCACAUGUCCGGGAAAGGAGGUGCCCAGCGCAUCCGUCAAGCCUGGAACGACAGCGUGCCGUGGGUGUACCUCGACCCUGCUCAUCAGAACAUCCCUCUGGACGCCCGUGACGCUCAUGUGCGUCCACCACCGCCACGUAUGCCAACCACGUUUGACUUGUUCAUCGGAAUUGCGAACUACCGUGACGGCCCUCGCUGUGGCUUCACGCUGUUCACGGCGUUCUCCCGAGCCAAACACCCCGAGCGCGUAAAGAUUGGCGUCGUGGAUCAAACACAGGACAACGACACGGCGUGCGUCGACGAGUAUUGCAAGUUGGCUGAGGCAUCGGAGUGGAAAGAAUGCAAGUUCAAAAGCCAAAUUCGCGUCGAUGCAAGGGACUCGCGGACGUCCAAGGGGCCGACGUUGGCGCGGUGGCAGCAGCAACAAUUGAUUCAAGACGAGGAAUUUUGUCUCCAAAUUGACUCGCACAGCCAAUUCUUGCAGGACUGGGACGUCCUGUUGGUGGAAGAAUGGCUCAAAACAGACAACGAAAUGGCAGUACUGACGUCGUAUCCUAUGAACUAUGGCUUCAUGGGCCCCGGGUUCUCAAGGCCGGACCAUUACGCGUCGCAUUUGUGCACCUACAACAAGCGUCGUGCGAAUCCGUCUGGAGUGGGUACCUCCGACAUCCCAAUCAUUGGCGGCUACUUGCUGGUAGAUGCCCACAAUGCGCCAUUGAUGUCGGCGUUGUGGGGCGGGUGCUUAUCCUUUAGCAAGUGCCACGCCGAGCGCCGUGCUCCCAACGACAAGCACAUGAACUGGGUGUUUUGGGGCGAAGAGUACCUUCGCAGCAUGCAAUUGUGGACCCGUGGCUACGACCUGUACUCGCCUUCCAAGUACGGCCACGUCGUCUUUCACAACUGGUCGGACGACAAGGGGAUGAAGAAGCGGUUCUGGGACAAUGUGACGCAAGUGAUGACCCAGGAACAGCACGACAUGGAAGAAAAGCUUGCUUACAAUCGAUUGCGGAUGGUGCUGACACUGCCGUUCAAAGGUCCGGUCGACGCCGAAGAGGUCGACAAGUACCACGGAGGCAAGGUCCGGUCGGUGGAGCAGUUUCUCAAGUUUUCUGGCAUUUCCAACACAAAUCCAGCCUUGGACGAAUUUCGAUGUGAACAAUUACACUGGGUCCCGUACGCCGUUCCUGAAAUCAUCGAAGCGUUUCUGCCGGGUUACACGAUGCGACCAAUUCCUGGGCCGAACGAAACCAACCGAACGGCAGGUGUCGAUGGAACGUUGGGCCACCAAGAGGUCCUGGUUCAGCUGCUACAGCAGCUCGAGGCGCUGAAAGUACCGUCCACAGACCAAUUACAGCACCUACGCGAAAUACGCCAUGAGAUCGCUUUGCUCAACCAGCCGCACGAAGACCUAUGGCCGCUUGCGUUUGUCUGGCUUGGCGUGAUUUCGGUGUGGCUCGUGUACAAGAAUAGGCGAAAUGCAGAUGUUGCGGGAGGAGCCACAACUCCCUAGACUAGAAUUCAUGGGUGGAACGUAAUGUACAGCUAUUCCUAUGUAAUCGAGCGUGAUGG